UCUCCAACUAAAUUACACGAAGUUCUAUGGAAGUUUUGAGCACUUCCCUAAGAAUUUGAUAUGGUUAUGUUGGCAUGGAUUCUCUUCGAGAUCCAUACCAAAUCACGUAUGUUUGGAGAAGCUGGUGGUUCUUGAUCUAUCCAGAAGCUGUCUAGUUGAUGCUUGGAAAGGCAAACCGUUUUUUCCAAAAUUGAAAAUUCUUGAUCUCCGUCACUCUCAUGAUCUCAUUAGAACCCCAGACUUCUCGGGUCUCCCAGCCCUUGAAAAACUAAUACUUGAAGACUGCAUCCGUUUGGUUCAAAUUCAUGAAUCUAUUGGUGAUUUACAAAGAUUGUUGAUCUUAAAUCUAAGAAAUUGUACAAGUCUUAUGGAGCUUCCAGAAGAAAUGAGUAGAUUGAAUUCACUUCAAGAGCUGGUUUUAGGUGGUUGCUCAAAUCUUGACAGCUUGAAUAUGGAGUUAGAGCAUCAUCAGUGGCGCAGCUUGCUUCAAAGCGAUGAAAUUGUUGCAAGUACAUCACACAUUACAUCUCUUCCAUUGAAGCUAUUCUUUCCCUCUAGGUUUUCAGCGAGGAAAAUAUUGAGAUUUACGUUGUUUUCGCUGCCACGCUCCUUGACGAGACUAGAUUUAAGUGGAACUCCAAUUCGUUUUCUUCCAGAAAGCAUCAAGGAUCUUGGUCCACUCAGACAUCUAUAUUUAAGAAAUUGCAAAAUGCUUCAGGCACUCCUAGAGCUUCCAUCCCAUUUGUGGUCGUUAGAUGUGUCCUUUUGCUAUUCACUGCAAAGACCUGCAAAUCCAAACAGUUCGAAUAAAGCAGAUGGUUGUGAUCAAUUUGUCGAGUUCCAAGAUUGGAUAAAGCAAGAAUUAAUCCAAACGUUUGACUCACACGUGUUCAGAAUAAUGGAAACGGUUUGUGCUCAAAUACAGCCAUCGAGAUUUCAGAUGACAUUUGUAUAUGGCAAAUUCAACUUUGUCAACUUUGUAUUUGAUGAAGAUGAGAUGUUAAGGAGGUUUCAUGAAGAGGAAGAAGAGGAUAAAUGGCUAAUUCAGAAUGAGUUUACAGAUAACUUUUCAUUCAAAAUAUCCUCACCUCCUGCGCACCGGAUAUGUGGCUUUAAUCUGUUCACAAGGUUUAGUGUGACGUCAGAGUACAGUUGCCAUGAAGAAGUUGGUAUUGGAAUCAGAAACAAUAUCAGUGGUCAAUCCUUGAGUCGUCAAGGGGUCUUCCCUGCGUGUAACAUGCGGAGGUUUCGUGAAAUCCAAUCGCUAAGCCACUGGAAAUUAGGGGCCAAUGAUCCUACAUUUGAUAAUGGUGAUGACGUGAGUAUUUCAGUGCUUCCACAUGAUCCAUCGCUAAGCAACUGGAUUUUCGCCACAUAUGAUAACGGUGAUGACAUGAGUAUUUCAGUGCUUCAACAUGAGCCAGCUAUUCAAAUAAGGACGAUUGGUAUCCAAUGGUUGCAUGAAGAGGAAGGAAAUGAUAAUGAUAUCCAAUCAAAGAAUGAAGAUAUCACAUCCCAUUGCAGCAGCUCAUCAAACAGUGAAGUUAUCAAUGCCCACAACAGUAGCGAUGAAGAUGACGUACUCAAAGUAGGAAUAGCUUCUCAUAUUUUUAGAAAUUAUUAUUGCCUUUCCCAUUAUAAUCAUGAUGCCAUGGAAGCAAGGAUGUGGACUUUUGAAAAGAAAGUUCCAGAGGCAAUAGAACAAUGAUAGGUUGAAUUAAACAAUUGGUGAUUUUUAAUAGUUGUAUAAUACGGACCUUGCAUUAAGAGUUUUCAAUCAUUUGCUCAAUAAAUUAAAAAUUCCA